AUGGAACCAUCUCACCAUGUUACCAUAACUCUUCAAGGUCAUCCUCACUCCGCUGCCAUCGAUUACCUGAAAAAGACAUCAUCUGGAUCAAGGAAAGGAGAAGGAGGGUCCGACUUAUUGCAAAACAUUAGAAAAGCGUUGCGUGGCUCGGGUACCGAUUCUGUGUCGUCCGCAUAUAGUCCGUAUUUUGGGAAAGGGGAGGAUGAGCCUUGGCUGGAGCGGGAGCUGUCCUGGAAUGAUCAUGUUGUGAUUCUGACAUGUGGAGGUGUCAUCAAGAAGCAAUGGAACCUGGAGGAAGAAGGGCAAAUCAUCCAAUACGCUUGCCUGGCAAAACUGGAACAAUCCACCGAUAACGCUUCAAGUUCGGCGACGAGCAGCGCGCAUUACUCGUCCUCCAAUGAGGUUGAAAAGGACGAAUCUUCUUCACAGUCCUCGUUUGGACCUUUUUUCAAAGCGCAACAUGCCAACAGACAUGAAUGCAGACACCUGCUCGUGGUCCCGGGCGUUUUUAUUUUCCUCCGUAGUAUUGGGAAGAUAUUCCUUGAAGAUGGGAUGGAGUACACGUUUUCACUGCCUUUUAUUGUGCGCAAAACUUGGCCAUUGCAUCCUCAUGGGGUAAUGAUCCAAAGGGUGCUCGAUCCGCUCGAGAUUGAGGAAGCAGAGUUAACAGGUGACACCCCUCUGCCUACGAUAUUUUCCGUCACUAGUCCAUUUUCCGAACCAGCAUCGUUUGGCUUGACUGCUGGCAUCAUUGAUGGUGCCAAUGGUAAAGCUGCCUCGCUCAAAGACGAAGAAGAACACUGCACGAAGCCACUCAAGUCGAUUUCCGCUACAGAGACUGUUGUCUGGGUCUCGCCCCGCCUUCCUAAUGCUGUUGAAGAUAUAGUGGCCACAGUUGACGUGGAAAGUCGUCAGUUAUCCCUCUGGCGAUACGCAUAUAUCAAGCCUAAAGACACCCCUAUGCCUUUGAGUCGUGCUAGAGGACGGAGCUUGUCACGCAAGAGGGCAUCUACAAACGGACUGCUUCCUAGCGAUAGAUGGCACAGCAGCUUUAGCGAGUCUGUUGACCGUGACCGUAGACUUCCUUCCUCAUCUCAAGAGACAGAUCAUCUAGAGUCCACCCACGAGUUCCCUCCAGCAUUCCCUUUGCGAGCAGCUAAUGUACCUACAGCAUCCCUAGGGAUGAUGGCGGGGUCUGCUGCACCUGUUUCUCCGAUAGCGAAGGGUCGCCGAAGCUCGUUGACGCGUAAUGAUCUUAGCAUAACGAUGGACAGGAUGGUGCUUGGUGGAGGAGCGGACGUGGAGAUCACUUUGACUCCUAUCGAACAUGGUAGAAUGAAAGCUGCAUUUUGGAUGGAGAAGAUAUAUUCCCGUCAAGUAUCAGAGACAGAGGCGCGGUCAUGGUCACAGUUUUCCUUUUCAAUAUUUGAUCAGAGGUUUGACGGCACCUCCGAGCGUUCUCUCCUUGCUAUUUGCUCUCCUGGAAAUGGGACUCUAGUGCUUUCACUGUCUCCAGACGAGGGGAAAACAGCAAUACGAGUCAAGUAUAUGACUACUUUAGCAGUUACGUCCAUCACAUCCAUAAUUGCUACGAGGGCCAAUACCUGGGACCUUCUCACAGUGAAAUCCGACCACACGCUUUCUAUCCUCACGCAUGGGUUGUUUGAGGUCCCUCUCCAAUUACAGCUUCCUCCCAGCGAUGCUGAUUUGGGCCAGACACAUAUGACACCUUCGGUUCUAGAAUCUGUUGCUGCCGUUAAAGACGCUUGUUUAUCUUCUGUGACCGUAAUGUUGCAAGGAGGGGAAAUAUUCCGGACCCGGGUAUGUCUGAUUCCCAACGACCAACUAGUGAACCAGUGUUUGCAGACUUUGGCACUCGUCCUACCUGCCGAAUUAUCGUUUAACCUCCACCAUACUUUCUUGAAGGUGUGGUCUUCCGAGCGGUUACGGGCAUAUGAGAACACUGAGUUCCUAUGUUUUGUGAACGCACUAUACAGAAAUUUUGGGUUUCGAUCUACACCCCAAGAUAUCUCCACAGAGUCUGGCGUAUGGCACAAGUUGUCAAAUUCAUCAUCACACGACCGCCUCUCUGACGACCGCGCACUGAAGGGUCUGAAGUUCCCCUCGCCCAAACCAACACAGCCGCAUUUUACACCUGUCACCAGACCGCACCCACUCCUGGCAUUGGUACUAUAUUCUCUGCACGUACUUGCAGAAGAACUAAGACUAACUGUUCAUCGAUAUGACGAGCUUCUGAAGCUGGUCCCUGUGAUAUGCACGAUUGCUCAUACUGUUCGUCCUGAAUGGGCUGAUUACUGGAAGCGUCUUUGUCCCAGCUUGAUGAUAUCUUGGCCCACACCAACUACAAUCGCCACUGAUUUCCUGGACGAUCGCAUACCCGUUUGGCCUCCGGAUAAGAUUGCCAUUUUCUAUGGCAGAGCAAGUAAUCCUGAUUGGACUUUUCCUGCCCACCAUAUGCAGACCUUUGCCGUCACUUACAAUAUCGAACCCUCUUAUGCGUAUGGUCACCUUGAUCCAUUGAAAGUUCUUCAGCAAGUUACUGCCGCGUAUAUGUGUUUAGCAGAAAAUGGUACUGGGACAUCCACUCAGAAGCGUGCGGAGAAGACAGUCGAAAACUUGAUAGAAACCCAUAAAUUAGCGAGACGUGCGUCUCUCUUCUUGGACAAUCUCCCACUGGGUGUGGCUGCUCCUCUAAGGGAAGCAAUCAGGACCUGCCAGUUAUCUCCAGCAAUGCACUGGACUUCUGCUCAUUAUGAGCUGAUCGGGCGUCGUGAUUUGGCAUUUAGCGUUUCGCCAAAUGCUCCAGAUACAUCUCACAAUCGCAUGUUCCCAUCGCCUGAAACAUAUAUGAGCAUGCGGUCCAAAAAAACUAUUAGUGAAUUGAUUGCUCAAGCUAAAACCGCAAGCGCUGGAGAAGUCGAUACAGUAUCGGGAGUCGAGCUCGAAUUAGAAGAUUUCACAGACAUCCGAUUUGGUCAAGACCGUAGGCUGCAAGAAGCUGCGCGAAUGCUCUGUUCAUCAACUACAUCCUCUGUACGGGUAGUCGAACGUCCUGAUUUGAACGAACAUGAUCAAGCGAAGGAACAGCAGCAUCAGGUCGUCAGGAUCGCGGAACGGACACUGGCACUACCAUAUGGGAGAGCUAUGUUUACGUUUGGUUCUGCUUUGACCGUUACUCGAGAGUCCUACCUCAUACCAAAGAUGGAAUAUUCUGUUAGAAUUCAGCCACAAAGCAUAGUCGCUUCCCCCGAGGCGGGGAAGAUCCCUCCAGAUUGCACAAACUGGGGAGAAUUUCACAACGGAGUAGCGGCGGGCUUACGAAUUUCUCCGAAAGCAAAAGGCAUAGAAAGCUCAUGGAUUGCUUUCAAUAAGCCUUCCGAGUUGACGCCAGAGCAUGCUGGAUUUCUGUUCGGCCUGGGUCUUACGGGCCAUCUUAAGGAAAUGCUUACGUGGCAUACUUUUGGAUACCUAACUCCUAAACACGAUCUAACGUCGAUCGGUGUUCUCCUUGGCCUGUCUGCUGCGAAUGUUGGGACUAGCAAUCGUCAUGUCACCAAGCUUUUGGCAGUCCACACACCCGCCUUACUUCCAGUCUCUACAGUCGAUCUCAACGUCUCCCUGAUGACCCAGGCCGCUGGUUUGGCUGGCGUCGGCCUAUUGUAUCUGGGAACCAAAAAUAGACGUAUGGCCGAAGUAUGCCUAAAUCAGAUCUGUCGCAGUGACUUGGUGCAACCUGACCUUAGCAACGAGCAUCGAGAAGCUUAUACAUAUGCAGCUGCUCUAGCAUUCGGCAUGACAAUGCUGGGUCAAGGCUCUUCUGUGCCCGCCGACGUGGCAUUCCUCACUCGACUACGCCUUUUAAUACACGGCGAAUUGAGCUCUGGUCGGAGAGCAAACUCUCGACCUUCUUUUGAUGUUAACAUCGCAUCGCCUGCUGCGUCCAUAGCAUUGGGACUCAUGUACCUCAAAACAAACCGACAGGACGUCGCUGAUAUGCUAGAGAUUCCCACCACUGUUCUUGCUCUAAAUAGAAUCCAGCCCAGUUUUCUCCUAUUCAGGACUCUGGCUCGAUCUCUUAUCAUGUGGGACUCUGUUAACUCGACGAUGGAAUGGCUGACAGCCCAAAUUCCUGAACCGAUAUUCACGGCUAUGAAAGCGCAUUCUGCUUUGGCCCCUGCGGAUGAUGCUUUCGAGUUAGCGUAUUACAACAUUAUAGCUGGGGCUUGUUUUGUUAUUGGCCUGAAGUAUGCUGGUACGGCCCGACAUGAGGCUUAUCAAGUGAUCAUAAAACAUUUCGACGCGUUAAGCCGCUAUGUAUAUGCUGCCGGUCCUGCCUUUGAUCAUAAGAUCAAACGCUCUGCGGUUCGCGAAGGUCUAAAUUUGAUAUCUAUCGCUUUAUGUAUGGUUAUGGCUGGCACCGGCGAACUCACAUGUUUUAGGAGACUCAGAUAUGCUUAUGGAAUGUACCACCAAGCAUUCAGAUAUGGAGUGCAUGUUGCAACGCACAUGUCUCUUGGCCUCCUUUUCCUUGGUGGAGGACGCUUUACGCUGGGCACGUCUAACGCCGCAAUUGCUUGCAUGGUCGCCGCAUUCUUUCCACGUUUCCAUCAUGUGUCAUCUGAUAACAAAUGUUAUCUUCAAGCCCUUCGCCAUUUGUGGGUGCUCGCCGUCGAACCACGGUGUCUGGUCGCUCGCGACGUUAACACUCGAGAGGCAGUUUACCUACCCAUCAAGGUCACGACUAAGGAAGAAAACGAAUCGACAACCGCCCAGAUGAUUUCGCCAACGCUUAUACCAGAUUUUGAUAACCUUGUCUCUAUCAAGGUGGAUACCCCUCGAUACUGGCCCUUCUUCCUAGAUGUCGAGCGUAACCCGAGGCAUAGAUCCACACUCUUACAAUCCCAAACUUUGUUCGUUAAGCGGCGCACAGCCUUUUUGAGUUACACUGAGGACCCCCGAGGGAGCCGGAGUCUUUUUGUUCGCUCUGGUUCAUCCGCGGGAGAUGCCGCCACUCUGGAUUUCCCUCAACUCACUGAUACCAAAGCCCAUCCUGCAAGUGACCUCACGCACUUCAUAUCAUCAUUCUCAAACGACAUUCUGUUUCUUUCGUUCGCGGACCACUUCUCUCGGGAAGAUGGCGAGAUCCCUGAUGAAAGAGUUUUCCACGAAUAUUGUCAUGCAGCACUUCUCGAUAGCAUACUUCAAGAUAAACCAGAAACGCUGCAGUCCCAUCUACUUUUAUAUCAAUACCGCACCAUGUCACCAUCCUCGCGUUUCUUCCAUCUACGGCUUCAGGAUCUCCGGUUUGCCGCCGAUUUCUACAGUAAGGUGUACGAUCGACGAUUCAGUGGAAGGAGUGAAAACAACUUCCGGCCACCCCUAAUACGUGAAAAUACUGUCUCCGGUGCUCUACACGCGCUAGAUGGAGUGCUAGAAGAAACAGCCAAUCGGAGUGAGUUCCUACCAACGUUGGCUCGAUACGUAUCGGGAGGCACUGUUAUGCAACAGGAUACUCCCGAAGAGAUGUCUCGCAAUUUGGCCUGGUACCUGCUGAGACACGGUGUCCCUACUGCGACACUGUUAAUCGUUCUCGAGGAACUGGCUAAAGACGCAUACAACGCGUGUUCUGUAAACCCUCCCCCAAAUGGCUCUCAGGAUUUGAAGGCACUCCAGCAGGGAAUAAAACAAGUUUUACAUGGUACUGGGAUUAAGAUGGCGCCAACACUUGGGACUGGCUGGUCGGUUCAAUCUCUCGAUAAGAUAUUUGAGAUAUGGGGUGCGAUUGAUGGGAGAUAACCCCGAUAUCCCCUCUCUUACUCGUCCUGCUUUGCAUAUCAUAUAACGCUUUGACACACGUUUUCUGGGUGAUUAGAAGGUGACUAUUCAAGUGAGCCUGUUCAUUAGUACUAGUGUCCAAUGAGAUACUCCGCAUAUAGAAAUAGUUUAUUGUUCAUAAUGAUGCGG